UAACUCAUGUGAACUCCAAGCAAUAGAGAGGAAAGGGAGAAUAGAGUGAAUAGGGCUUGGGAGGCGUAAAAAACGCGAUAUGGUUAGGUUGUGAAUCUGCGAGUGGGAGGGGAGUUAAAAUACAGUAAGGAGGGUGAUAACUGAUAAGAGUGUCCCAAAACCCUAAUUCAUCUUCUCCCUCCUCUUACAACAAACAAUACAAUACAAUACCCAGUUUCUUAGAAUGUCAUUGCCUUUUUCGGAUCUAUAAUUUUUGGGUUUACUCAAAUACAAUCAUUGUAUAUAAAUAUAUAAAAAAUAAAAUAUAUUUUGACGAGAUAGAAGAGUAAGUGCAGGAGUGAGACGAAGACGAUAAGGCGCACGGGGCCUCGAUCUUGACGACGGAGGGCGUGUGAGUGAUUGAUUGAGUGAGUGAUUGAUUUGAUUUGAUUGAGGGAUGGAGAAUAACUCAGGAGGCGGAGGCGGAGGCGGGAAUGACGUAGAGCUCCUGUGCAAGACGCUGCAGGUGGAACACAAGCUAUUUUACUUCGAUCUAAAGGAGAAUCCAAGAGGUCGAUACCUUAAGAUUUCUGAGAAAACCUCUGCUACUAGGUCUACCAUCAUCGUCCCUUCUAAUGGAAUUUCCUGGUUUUUGGAUCUCUUUAAUUACUAUGUUAAUUCUGAGGACCAGGAUAUUUUUAGCAAGGAGUUGCAGCUUGAUGCUAAGGUCUUUUACUUCGAUGUUGGCGAAAACCGAAGGGGCCGCUUUUUGAAGGUUUCUGAAGCUUCCAUGAGCAGAAACCGUAGUACUAUCAUCAUUCCUGCUGGAAGCACCAGAGAUGAAGGCUGGGCUGCAUUUCGUAACAUCUUGGCUGAGAUUAAUGAAGCUCUUAGGCUAUUUGUCAUGUCCAAUCAGCAAAAUUCUGAAGCUUCUGAACGUCUUGUUGGGCUCUCUGAUGAUGUUGGUGCUGGCUUUAUUGCGGGCCACAGCACUCAAUCUACACCUGCAACAGAAAUAACGGUGGACAGGUCUGCUGACCUACCUGCUCAGGACGAAAUUAGCGGCAACCUGGGAACUUCUAAAGUUAUCAGAGUUGACCAGAAGAGAUUUUUCUUCGACCUUGGUAGCAACAACAGGGGGCACUUUUUGAGGAUAUCUGAGGUAGCUGGUCCUGACCGUUCAUCCAUCAUUCUUCCAUUGUCUGGACUAAAACAGUUUUAUGAAAUGGUGGCACAUUUUAUGGAGAUCAGUAAAGACAGAAUUGAAGGAAUGGCAAGUGCAAACGUCCGGACGGUAGAUCCUCCUCAAAGAUAAAUGCUCGUCUCAAGAGUGUGUUUAUUUGUUUGGGUCUCAGAAUGUCAAUGCUCCUUAGCACUCUCGAUUGCAAUUAGUGAUCAAGUAGUGGUGACUUUAUAUUCAGAUGUUCUGUUACAUUUUAAUCUUUGUUUUCACUGCUGUAUUUGAUCCGGACAGUAAUAUUUGUUCAACUGCUGCACUAAGGGAAGAAAGUUGGUUUUUAUUGGCAAGGUAAAUUUAUACUCUUAUUGGGAAUAAUAAACAUCCGUGUACUUCAUGUAUGUGAGCUGUAAUUUGCAAUUGCAAGUAUGGAACUUUCCGGUAAAGCUCUAUUUGACUUCUGUCGUGUGUACUGUGUUGUCUGUGUAGUGAUAAUUUGAAGUAUUGUCAUUUUUAGGUGUUGGCUGUGAGUUAAAAAUCCUAGACCUUUGGUCUUAUGUCUGUAGACCGUUUGCGAGGGAAUUUACUAAUGGGUAUUUUUUUUUUUUU